AUGAAAUUUGCGCUGGGUGUGGAGAUGCUGAUGGAGACUGCUGCCAACUACAGCAACCAUGGCCAGCAUGAGAAGGCCCUAACAACUUUGGCUUCAGCUGAGCAGUUCCUAGAAGCUGCGGGAUAUCCAGACAGCUUGGCAGCUGGUUACUUCAUUCAGCACGGCUCUGCCUUUGCGAAUUUGAAGCGCUUUGGAGAGGCACUGCAGGAAUUUGGCAAAGCCCGUGCCAUUUUCAAGAAACAUGGCGAUUUGCAGAGCCCAGAUGGCAUCACAGUCUCUGGAAAUAUGGCCAUCGCCGCUGCUGCUGUUGGAAGGAGACAGGAUGCCAUGGUGUUUCUUCAUGAGGCUAGCGAAGGUCUAGAUCUCCGGGGCGAUGAGCCUGGCAAGGCCCGCAUUCUCAGCAGCAUGGGUGCAGCUUGCGUUGGCUCAGGCGCAGUCGAAGAAGGACUCUCACACAUGAAGCAAGCUUGGCAGGCGCUUCUGAGGGCCAAGCUGGGUGAUACCCCGGAGGGUGCAAUGCUCCUCUCUCAAAUGGGAUCCAUCCACUACCAGAUGGCUCUCUAUUCCCAGGCCAACAUAAGUUUUGAGCUUGCUCGCGAUCGGUACUUGGUCCAUGGCAAUUUCAUGGAGGCUUUGCGGAUGUGGUAUUUGAGUAUGGUGAGCAACAUCAGAGGCUGGCUCUGGGACACUGAGCAGUCCCUCUACCGCUAACAAGGACUUUAGGAUUGAAAUGUCCUUCAGGGGUGACAAAAUCCAUGUGGCCAAAGUGCCAGUUGGUACACCUUGGAGGCGCGUCCUGGAGAGGUUGGGUUUGCAGGCAAAGUACUGCAGACCAGCGCAGAGCAGGUGCAGUUCUUGGAC